CUUCUUCUUUGUUGUCUGCUUGUUCUUCCUCGCAUUCAUGGUUUACAAACCUUUUAUUGGCUGGCAAACACUCCUUUCUCGUGUCUUCUAUCACCAAGAUGUUGUUUUUAUGCCCAAGAAGUUUGAUAAAGGAAAAUUAGAGCGUUUUACUGUUAGGUAUAAAUUGUUCUUUUAGGUGCAAAAUGGAUUAUCUCCCAGGGAAAAUAAAAUAAUCCAUACCUUUCUGAUUAAGGAUGGAGUUAGCAAUAUUUAUUAAGGGAAGAUGGUAAACAUUAACGGGGUGAUCGAUACAAUUCCUUCUCAUCUGUGAUAAAAGGGAUGGAAUUGGAUGCCUAAAUAUAGUCUAUACAAAAAUAAGGGUCGAUCAGUUGUUCAUUCUGAGUAGAUAGAGUAUAAAAGGGCAUAAUGUGGAUGCCUAAGUUUUUAAACAAUAAACAGAUUUGUCAUUUGCAACUGUAUUUGAUUUUAACUAGAUGUCGCAUUCAGUUUCUUGAUUCUUCCAAAAUAAGCAACUUUUCCCCCAAUUCUGUCUAUGUUGAUCCCAAGCCCAGACAAAUAAGGGGUAAUAAAGGUUUGGAGAUUGUUGCAAGAAUACAAUUUAAACAAUGAAAUAAAUCAUAUUUGGUACUUGUUAAUGCUCAGGAAUUGCGAUGUGGCGGCAUGGGCAAGGUUUGGAAGUUUUUAAAAAGUAUUUAGAAAAGCUUGCAGUAAGUCUGGGGCAAGCGUAAGAUAUUUACACCAACAGCUUGUGAUAAUGCCUUAUUCUAUCAUCAAAUGCUAAUGAUAAUUAUACUUCAAAGCAAACUUUAACUUUGCUAUUGUUUAUCACAGUAGCUCUUCGAGCCAAAACCUUACUCUUGUGGUAGUUAACACCUCAAAUCUCAACCUAGUUCGGUUGUCCGCUGGCAUGAUAGACUUGUGCUAAAUUAUUAGAUAUUGGGAGGAAGUGAACCUCCCUAUAUCAUGGUUUAUGUUCUCAAGCGCUUCCAUUCUGAAUAACGUCUCCUAAAGCAGUAUUUUACCUUCUUAUUUAGUCCUAUAAAAUCUUAACUCGUUUAUGUGGAAUACAUUUAUGAAUACAAAUAGUUCAUUGCAAAGGUGCAAGGGGAUGAUUCAUUAUUUCCAAAUUUCUUAUUUUUAAUGAUUGUUUAGAGGCUUUUUAGGAUUUGUUUAGUUCAUAUUUUAGGAUUAUGAGGGGCUUUUGAGCUGAUAAUUGGGCUUAUGGAGCUGGUGGAAGUAUCAACACUAAUUUGGUAUCGAUUUUAUGGUGCCUCCCAUGAUCUGAGCUCUCUCCCCACCUUUUCUCUCCUUUUCCCUUCUCCUGUUAUGCUGUAUCUUCUAUUUAGAGUAGUUACUUGCACAAGGCCUCUCCUUGGUUCUCAGUCCAGUGUCUAAGGCCCAUUGCAGCAGCUUUGAGACUCCUUUUUUUUUUUUUCUUUCUUUCUUUAUUCAUUUAUUUUUGGAGGAGGGGCUUUGAAAGCCAGUAAGGUUGAAGGAUUUGUAUUGGGGUUUCUCUCUAUCUUUAUUCGAGAGGCACCAAUGUGAAGCAAACAGGGAAAAGAAAAGAGCCUCGGGCCUCCUUUUUUCAUGCAUCCUGGCAGAUACCCAUGAGUGUCAGUUGGUUCCAGUCACUGAUCCUGGUUCAUACUAGCCAGUGCAAUCAGGUUUCAAUGAAAUGCUCCUGUUAAUUUCAUAUAUAGGGAUCUUGGACUCAGUACCUCGCCAGUCUUAGCCAGGAUGCUUGGGGUGGACUGGAGCAGUAACGAUGAAAGCAACCUAGCAAAAAAUUCUGUGAUUAUCAAAGACAAUGAUAUUGUUGAAGCUGAAGAUCUGGAUCAACAGUGUCAUGGGGCUUCCAUGUCGCGCGAGGAAAAAGUCAGCAAUCUAAAAGCUGGUUUGGUUCAUGUCGCACGAAAGAUGCCCAAAAAUGCUCAUGUGCAUUUCAUCCUUGGCCUAAUGUAUCAACGAUUGGGUCAACCACAGAAGGCAGUCUUAGCAUUUGAAAAAUCAUCUGAGAUAUUACUACGGGAUGAGGAAGAGAUUCGGAGACCAGAUUUGCUUUCCUUGGUGCUGAUACACCAUGGACAGUGUAUUUUGCAAGCACAUACUGGGGAUAGCUCAGAUAAAGAGCUUGAAAUGGGUGAACUAGAUGAGAUUCUUGUGAAAUUGAAAGAGUCGGUACAAUCAGAUCCAAAACAGGCUGCUGUUUGGAAUACGCUUGGUUUGAUACUUCUUAGAACUAAUCGUCUGCAGAGUGCUAUAUCAGUUUUGUCAUCCCUCUUGGCCAUUGUUCCAGACUACCUGGAUUCCCUUGCAAACCUUGGCAUUGCAUACCUUCAAAGUGGAAAUUUGGAGCUUUCUGCAAAAUGCUUUCAAGAUCUUAUUCUUAAGGAUCAAAACCAUCCUGCUGCUUUGAUCAAUUAUGCAGCUUUCCUUUUGUGUAAAUAUGGAUCGAUCAUCCCAGGUCCAGGGGCAAAUGCAGGUGAAGGGGCUUAUCCACAUCAAGUUGAAGCUGCAUCUGUUGCAAAAGUGUGCUUAACAGCAGCAGUAAAAGCUGAACCUAAAGCUGGGGCAUUAUGGGUGAAUCUUGCUAAUGCAUAUUAUGUGGCUGGUGAUCAUAGGAAUGCAAAGAAGUGCUUGGAGCAGGCAGCAAAAUUGGAGCCUAAUCAAAUGUCUGCUCGAUAUGCUAUAGCAGUUCAUCGAAUUAAAGAUGCUGAAAGGUCACAAGAUUCUACAGAGCAGCUUUCCUGGGCUGCAAAUGAAAUGGCAUCGAUUCUAAAAGAAGGGGACCCUGCAGUAAUUGAUCUUCCAAUAGCAUGGGCAGGGUUGGCGAUGGUGCACAGAGCUCAACAUGAAAUUGCAGCAGCUUUUGAAACUGAGCAGAGGGAUUUGGUGGAGGCAGAAGAGCGAGCUCUGUAUACAUUAAAGCAGGCAAUUGAGGAGGAUCCAGAUGAUGCAGUUCAAUGGCAUCAACUUGGUCUUCACAACCUUUGUACCAUGCAGUUCAAGAUGUCAGUUAAGUUUCUCAAGGCUGCAGUAGCCCGAUGCAGGGAAUGCAGUUAUGCAUGGUCCAAUCUUGGUAUUGCAUUGCAAUUAUCUGAUGAUCCAUCUUCGGCUGAGGUAGUAUACAAGCGGGCACUCUCCCAUGCUACAACCCAACAGGCCCAUGCCAUCCUUUCUAACCUUGGAAACCUGUACCGUCAGCAGAAGAGGUUUGAACAUGCAAAGGCAAUAUUUGCAAAGUCUCUAGAACUGUGCCCAGGAUAUGCACCAGCACACAACAACCUUGGGCUUGUUUUUGUGGCAGAGGGCAGGUGGGAGGAAGCUAAAGCUUCUUUCGAGAAGGCUUUACAGUCAGACCCAUUGCUUGAUGCUGCCAAAUCCAACAUGAUGAAGGCAGUGGCCAUGUCUAGAAUAGGUUGAACCAUUUAAGCGACUUCUUCAAAAUGGAGUGAACCUGUGGUCAAGGCUAUAGGUCUUUUUUCAACCCUAUGUAGGUCAAAACGAGAACCGGAGAUCCUUGUCCCUGCUCUGUCGAAUUGGUUCAGAAUUUUAUUUGUCCCUCCUUCCAAGUUGAAAGCUUACAUCCUGUGGCAGCCUCUUUCUUCAAAUCCUCCUCAUUUAAAUCAGGCUCUUUUGAUCUCCUUUCUUGACCUCAGAGAGUCCCUUCUUGUGAACCAUUUGCUUCAAUGGUUAAGGCACAACUAGAGAUUGCAACAACAUAUUGUUCCCAUGUUAAUCUUGGUCAUACUGAGACAUGCCCAACAGCAAAGGCAAUAGCUUCAUGGAAUCAGUUGUACGUAUUGGAUAGGAUGGGGAAAUUAGAUUAGACGCUUUGUACAUGCUGAGCUCUGAAGUUACACAAGUAGUAUUCUGAUCUCCAAAGCUUUAGUAGGAUGGUCUAUUAAAAUGGCAAAAGGUUGGAAUCCCCAAAAGAUGCUCUCUACUGUAUUCAUGUGGAGAGGACAAGGCCAUUUCAAUACUUCGUGGUUCUAGCUUUUGUAUCUUAUUUGUUUUGAAGAACCAAUACACAUCAUCGUGAUUAGAAAUUUACUAGAAGGCAACUAGGUUACCCUUGAAUCAGCAUGUGGAUCAAUGAAUCCAGCAAACUACAUGAUUAGCUUGUUUCUGUUAUCUUGAUUAUUUCUGCAGUGGUUGAGGCUUUGGUGUGCUUUGGCUUUGUCAUGGACUGGUGAAUGCUUUUAGCAAAUAGACCUCAUAUGUAGUGAAGUUUGACAUCGAGACAGAUAUUUAGCCCAGGAAGUCCAGUGAUUUUCUUUUUCA